AUGUUCCACCACGACCUCAAGGAGAAAGUCAAAGGUGCCACGCACUUGUGGUCUCUGGUGAUGGUCGUUAUUAAUCAAAACACAUCACUUGGGGUUGUGGAAACUCAGCCAUUCUCAGUGGUGGAUGAUAAGUUUGUCAAGGAACCAGUGAAAAUGCAGAUGCAGAUUGAAAAUACUAACAGAUGCAGAAGUAAUCGCACAUGUUUUUCAGUAGACCGAACAAAGGAGAUUUUGUAG